AUGAUUAGAACUUCGGCCGAUCAGUUCGUAGCUGAUGUUCGCAAACGUUUGCCUCAAUAUGAAGUCAGCGAAGCUAUUAACACAGAUCAAAGUGGAAUCCAGCUCGAAUUACACUCUACUCGAGCAUUAAGUCACAAAGGAGAGAAAGUUACAGUCGGAUUUGUAUGCUCUAUAUAUGCCACCACUCAUAGUUAUACUGUACAGCCAGCAAUCACACUCUUCGGUCAUCUUCUUUCGCCGCUUUACCUCUGCUUGAAGGAGCCCAAAGGACACAUGAGCGAGAAUAUUCGCUUGCAUCUUUUCAAGGCGUCGAAUGUGGUGAUCACCUGCAGUAGUUCUGGAAAGCUCACAACGUCUUUGGUUGACUACUGGCGCGAUCAUGUGCUCCUGUCAUCACUGGAAAAACAUCAGAAGUUUCUACUCAUCUCGGACUGUUGGGGUGGACAGACUGAUGGAAAGGGAUUAUACGAUCAUACCCCCGGGUGCACAGGGCUUGAAAUACCAAAGAAAACGACGGAUCAAAUUCAGCCAUUAGAUGUCUUUUUCAACAGGCAGAUGAAGAUGAUUCUCCGUCGAUUAUACGAUCGCGUGCUGCUUGAUGAGCUUGACGUCAACAUGAGCGAACGAGAUAACAUCAUACGUCUCAUGUCUUUGACGCAUAACGAACUCUCGUCCGAAGUUUUUCGCCCAAUGAUUCGAUACGCUUCGUACGCCAGUGGCUACACCAACAAUAAUCCUGGGUACAUCAAAACUGUCGCGGAACCAACCGCUCACAAUCACGCUCCUACUCCUGAACGUAUCCCUGUGAUUGAACUUAGCAAUCACGUCAAAGCACGCGCCGCCACUUCUGACGAACCAACAAGCUCCAUUCUUCACUCGGCGUUACGAACAUUUCCUCUGAGCGCGACGAGUGAACUUCUCCGUACUGAAAUGAUCAUGCAAGUUAUCCGUAGACAACGUGGAACCCCAUCAACAGGAUCCAACGACCGUCUCCCAGACGAUUUAAAAAAAACUGAUCGUGGGGAAGAUUUUCUCUUGUAUGAAGACGCAGAAAUGAUUAUUUUCUCGACUCAAAGUAAUCUUUCGGCACUGAAGCAAUCAAAACAUUGGUUCGCUGAUGGAACGUUCAAAGUCUGCCCUGACGAUUUCUAUCAACUGUUCACACUUCAUGCCGUGAUCAGGUCGACAAUUAUCCCUCUCGUCUACGGCCUGUUAAUUGGAAAGAGCGCAGAUGAUUAUGAUGACUUCCUCAAAAAAGUCAUGGAACAAGACGAUUUUCGUCCCGAAACAAUCCUGACCGAUUUUGAAACAGGAACAAUCAAAUCGGUCAAAAGAGUGUUGCCAAAUGCCACGCACAAAGGCUGUCUCUUUCAUUUUGGACAGUGUAUGUGGCGGCAAGUUCAAAGCAAGGGGCUCUCAACCAAAUAUCAAGAAGAUGAAACUUUUCGACUCAACGUCAAAAGAUUAAUUGCUCUGGCUUUCCUUCCGUUAUCGGACGUGAUAACAGGCUUCGAUCUAGUCGCUGGUGAAUUCGAGGAUGAUGCUGACGAUCUUCUCGACUAUUUCGAGAAGACUUGGAUCGGUGAACCCAAAAGAAGAGGAGCGGGACGAAAAAAACCUCAAUUUGAACAUACACUGUGGAACAUUUACGAUCGUGUGAUAGCCGAUUUACCUCGUUCAAAUAAUUCCGUGGAGGGCUGGCACAGUGCCUUCGCAACUCGCGUUGCAAUCGCCCAUCCCACAAUCAAAAAGCUGGCCGACAAGAUUCGCCGAGAGCAGUCAAAAUUCGAAAUUGAAAUCGCUCAACUUCUUCAAGGCCAUCCUCCAAAGCCAAAAAAAGCCUGUUAUCAAAAACUCGAUGAGAGAAUAGCGCGCGUAGUUCGUCAAUACGACUCGUCGCAGAUCCUAGAAUAUUUAAAAAAUAUCGCUGCAAAUGUUUCCUUGUAA